CUUGGUGUGAACCACCCUCAACUCGCUGCAAUGCUGUGCCCUAUCAAGCAUGCAAAAGCAUAUCAUGAGGACCCUAAAAAGGUACAAGCUGAACUUCAGAAUGGGGUUAUCAGGAUUCACUCCGCUGCAUGGCCUGCAUUUAUAUAUGAAGGUACUCCGCCAGGAAAAGACUUCGACCCAGACAAUGUUCAGGAGGGAUUUUCAAAGGGCUAUUAUUUGAAACGGGUACGCUUA